GAUUUGGAAGGUGAAUUAGAGAAGACUAAUGAAGAGAUGAGGAAAAUGAAAGAGGAGCACGAAACGAGUCUGAAAGAACGAGAAGAACAUCUGAUGGAAGCGCAAAAGAUGAUAUCGGAAACAAGGAAUGCGUUCGAGCAGAAGCAAGAAGUGAGUUACUUCGAGCAGUGGAAUAACUGA